UAGCCAAACCGUUUGAAAGUAUCUAACCAUCAUCGUCGGACGAGUGAGUAUCGCGAUUCGGUACCAAGAAAUGUGGGUUACUGGUCUAGAAAACAACAAAACCAUCAGUCGCCAUUCCGUUAAAGACGUUGACCAAGGAUGGACAUCAAAUCGGUGUUGGUAUUCUUCGCAUUUGCGGUCGUCUCAGCUAGAACAACGUGCAAAACGUAUGACCAAGUGAAUAAGGAGAAUAUCCGGAACUGUUUGGACGAAAAGGAUGGAAAUGAUGAUAGAACAACUAAAGAAAAUAACACUGAUGAAAUAUACCACAUCAGCAACUUAGUCAUGAAACUCACGAACGAAACUUUAAGCAUAUCCUUCAAACCGGAUCAUGCAGAAGGAAGAAAAAUGAAGACUUCAACGUCGAAUUUGAUCCAGUACGCCCUCAUUCCAGCUUUCUUCAUGUCAGGCGUGAUGCCGUGGAUCAUGCCAAAAUUGCAAAUGGCCGUCAUGGUGGUAUCGAUGGUGAACAAUAUGGUUUUCACUAGCGCCUUAUUUUCGCUCGUGAGGAAUUUCGUCUUUGACAAGAAGCCUGAUGAACAUGUGAUUUAUGUCAACAAUGGAUAUAAGAACAAAUUGAAUCAUCACAGGAGAACUGGACAAUAGUCGUUAGAACAUUUUCAUCAAUUGAAGACACUCUUCCAUUCUACAGGGUUCUACAUGUUCCAAAGAUGACGUCAUUUACACAGAAUAGUCAGUUCAGUGUUUAUGAAAGAGACA